AUGGCAGAUGGGGCACAGGCCAACCCCAAAGGGUUUAGGAAGAAGGUGCUGGUUACAUACCCCUCUGGGUGUGGGGUCUUGUGCUUCAGGGCCUCCUCUACUUGGAGAACCUCCAGGUCUAGCUUGGGUAUGAAGAAGCUCUUCACCAUUGCCAUCCUGGUGGGCAGUGUUCUGCGCGCAGCCCAGGGCAGCCUGUUCAACCUCAAGUCCAUGGUGGAAACCAUCACCGGGAGAAACGCCCUCUGGACCUUCAUGGGCUAUGGCUGCUACUGUGGGCUGGGGGGACGAGGCCUGCCCAUGGAUGGGGUGGACUGGUGCUGCCACGCCCACGACUGCUGCUACCAGAAGCUCUUUGACCUGGGCUGCCACCCCUACGUGGACCCUUAUGAACACACCAUCGAGAAUAAUACGAUUGUCUGCAGCGAGCUCAACAAGACAGAAUGUGACAAGCAGACAUGUGAAUGUGACAAGAAGGUCACUCUCUGCUUCCUGAACCAGACAUACAACGAGAAGCAUCGCAACUAUCUCAACGUCUACUGCCAGGGCCCCACACCCAACUGCAGCAUCUCUCAGCCACUCCCUGAGGAGGUUGCCUACAGACAUGUCUCCCCGGUGUCUCCAGUGCUUUCCUAG